CCGAGGUGUCCGCGUCAGGCUGCAGCUACAGGACCGCCCGCGCACGGCUGCGCAGACCCAGCGAACAGUUGAAAACACAAAGAGGCUGGGGAUGAGAGCGGCCACACCAGCAGAGCUCUGGUCGAGUAUACGACACAAGGACUUUCACAGGAAAAUCGUUGACUUCCUGUGGAAAGGCAUGCACGAGGCCCAUAAAAUCGGGCCCUUCUGGUCCCACAUACAGGGCUAUGAGUCCCGAGCGGACUGCCCGACGUGCGGCUGCAGAGAGACACUGCGGCAUAUAUUGACAGAAUGCCGCGCUCCCGAACAGGAAUUGAUCUGGCUACUCACCCGGAACACCUGGCGGCGAAGGUCCGAGACUUGGAGUAAGCCGUCGUUGGAAGACAUCCUGGCAGUGGGCCUAGGACGCUACCCGCGUAAGGCAUCCGAGAAACCGAGGGAAUCCUUAGCACGACUAUGGAGGAUACUUGUGUCUGAAGCUGCGUACCUCAUCUGGAAACUACGCUGUGAGCGAGUGAUCGGACACGAGGAUGACCCCGACUGGCAUCACUCGCCUACCGCUACAAUACGGCGAUGGUACGCCUCCUUGAAUAGGAGACUACAGCUCGACCUGGUGGCGACCAGGAAGAGUUUCGGCGCGCUAGCUAUUUCACGGAGACUUGUCUGGUCCACAUGGACGGCAACGAUCGGUGACGAGCUUGGCCUACCGGAGGAUUGGACUUUGGUCCCGCGGGUUUUAGUGGGUAUUGACCCGGAAGUUUGUAGGAUCGAUGGCGAUCCCGGGUAA